AUGACUGCGGCUAAAUUAGUUCAAAAUUAUUUUCAACAACUAACGCAUGGUUGUGGAAAUAAUCAAUGUUUAAAUAUCUAUUGUUCAUCGAAUUCAUCAUUUAAAUAUGAUCGAAAAUUUUUUGAAGAUCCAAAUAAUGCUGCUGCUGAAGCAAUUAAACUUUCACAUGAAUAUGGUUCAAUUUAUUUAGAUGAAUAUAUAAAUUCAAAUUUAUUUCUAAGAGAAGAAAAUCUUCAACAAAUAAUUAAUAAAUCUAAAGAAAUAAAUGAUUGGACAUUACUUCAAAAUUUAAUCUAUUCUGUUUUCUCUAAUCGACAAAAUUUAUCAUCAAGUUUUUUACAAAAAGGUUUUCCUAUGAAUAUAUCACUUAAUAAUGAAAUUUCUUCAUCAGCAAGUGCUACAGCAAAAAGUAAUUUUCUACAUGAUUCACGUAUAACACUCGACAAUGAUGAGAUGACAUUAGAUUUUGACAUGAUGAAACGUUCAAUAAAAUUAUUAAUGUUAUAUGAAGAUGAAAUAUCAUCAAAAAUUAAUAAUGCAUUAGGUGUUUUAUUUAAACAAAUAUCUAAUGAAUUAUUAUCAUCAAAAAAAGAUGAACUCGAAAAUGAUGCUAAUUUUUUAAAUAUAUUCUUUAUUAUAUUUCAAUUACCAUAUCUAUCCGAUCCCACAUUUAUUUUUGAUACUGCCUAUGCAUUCUAUUCAAUUUUUUUGAAAUUAUCAAUUGAUAUACAAGCAAAAUUUAUACGAGUUUUAGCUAAACAUAAAAAUGAUCUAAAAUUUUAUGUUGCACAUAUACAACAAUAUAUUACUAUGCAUACAGUGAAAUGGUGUGGUCAUACAGAUAUUAAUAGCACAAAUGGAGCACUAUUGUCAACUGAAAAAGGUAUGCAUGAAGGAGUUUUUGUAUUACGAAUACUUUUCUAUGCAAAUCUUCUUGGUGGUGAACGUGAAACAUCAGAAAUACUUGAAACAGAACGUGAAAAUGAUCAACGAAUGGAAGUUGAAUUAAUAAAUCGUCGUCAACGACAUAAUGAUGAUGGUGCUGAUGAAGACAAUAAUGAUGAACAAGAACAAAAUCAACAGCAACAACAACAAUCAAUAGAACAAAGAGAAAAUAGAUCAGAAGCUGUGCCUACUUCUCCAAUACGUCAUCGAUCGUCAAGUUUCUCAAUGCGUACAUCAACUACUGAACAAGAUGAAUUUGAAUCAAUUUAUGAAAAUCCAUUACAAAUUAAACUUGGUCUUGAACUAAAUGAAUAUUGUCAUGGUUAUUUACCAUUUGAUGAUUUUAUUAAUGAAUAUGCUAAUGAAAAAAUUGAAAUAAAUAAAGAAUAUCUUGAUUUUGUUCGACAAAGACCUGAUACUCCACAUUUUUCAUUUAUUUUAUAUCCAUUUUUUUUAUCAACAACUAACAAAAUUGCAUUUCUUAACAUCGAAAAUAAAGUACAAAUGUAUCGACAACGACACACAUCUUUUUUUCAUAGUUUAUUCAGUGGUAUUCGUCUUGAUCCAUUUUUUAAAAUAUGCGUUCGACGUAAUCAUCUUAUUGAAGAUGCUUUAAUUGCUCUCGAAUAUCAAGGUAUCGAACAACCGGCUGAACUGAAAAAACAAUUGUUUGUCGAAUUCGAAGGUGAACAAGGUCAUGAUGAAGGUGGAUUAUCAAAAGAAUUCUUUCAACUUAUCACGGAACAAAUUUUUAGUCCUGAAUAUGGUAUGUUUAUGGCUGAUGAAGAAACACGUUCUCUAUGGUUUAAUCCAUCAGCACCUGAAGAUCUCGAUCGUGAAUAUACAUUAAUUGGCAUGCUAUUAGGUUUAGCUAUAUAUAAUUCAAUUAUUCUUGAUAUUAAAUUUCCACCUGUUCUAUAUCGUAAAUUAAUGGGUAAAGUUGGAAGUUUUGCAGAUCUUGAAACGUCACAUCCGACUAUUUAUAAAAGUUUAAAAAGUCUUUUAUCAUUCAAUGAACAACAAGAAGGUACAACAGUUGAAGAUGUAUAUGAAUUAACAUUUCAAGUUGGUAUUACGGAUGCCACUGGUUCACGAGUUACAUUUGACUUAAAAGAGAAUGGUGAAAAUAUUUCAGUAACAAGUGAUAAUCGAGAGGAAUUUGUACGUCUUUACAGUGAUCUUCUAUUAAAUAAAAGUGUUGAAAAACAAUUUCAUCCUUUUUAUCAUGGAUUUUCAUUAGUAACACGUGAUAGUUCAUUACGAAAACUUUUUCGACCUGAUGAAAUUGAAUUACUUGUUGCUGGUAGUCAAGUAUUAGAUUUUAAUCAACUUGCUUCAGCUGCUGAGUAUGAUGGUGGUUAUACAAAAGAUAGUUUAACAAUUAGAAAUUUUUGGAAUGUGUUAAUGAGUUUUACUGAUGAACAAAAACGAAAAUUUCUUCGAUUUACUACUGGUAGUGAUCGUGCACCUAUCGGUGGUUUAGCACGAUUGAAACUAAUUAUAUCCCGAAAUGGACCUGAUACUGAUCGUUUACCAACAGCUCAUACAUGUUUCAAUGCUUUUCUUCUUCCUGAUUACUCAUCGAUUGAUAAAUUACGUGAAAAACUAUUAAUUGCAAUUAACAAUGCUGAAGGAUUUGGUUUACUUUAA